AUGUGGUAUCAGCAGGAGGGCAAUCCGCGUCAUACAAAAGUGCUGUACACGAGACACACGACGUCAGACAUUGCAUCGUUGGCGAGAACACGGCUCGGCGAGGAUGCAAUCAAGCCAAGAAACUGGUCGGAUGUGCACUUUGUCCAUACUGUCGGUAUUAGCGUUCAAAAGGGAACCGAAGCUGUGUUGGAUUGCUGGCUCAGUCGCCCAGACUUUCCUCCCUUGGAUGUGUAUGUUGACGAGGGGUUCUACAACGAAAAGUUGAAGGAUCAAUAUGAAAACAAAACUCGAGACUCGCAGGUGGUGACUAUUCAUCGAGGUCGCGCUUCUGCCACUGAGUUUGGCAAGUUGAUGGCAGAAUCGGCCUUUUUCAUGUGCUCAAGCGGAAUGGAGGGUUACGGACACUACAUAAACCAGGCGCGCGCCAGCGGUGGUGUCAUUGUGUCGACUAACUUGCCGCCCAUGAACGAGCUGUUGACUCCCGCGUCUGGUGUGCUUAUUACAGUGAAGCGCGAAGCGCAUAAGGAGCAGAUGCUCGGAGGCAAGUUUGAGGGAGAGCAUGGCUUGAAAGGGAUUGAGGGGUACGCUGCAGUCGUGGAGGCUUUCGCUGUGUGCCGGGCUGUCGAAAAAGUGCUGGCUAUGACUCCGGCUGAACGUGAGAAGAUGGGGGCACGAGCAAGGAGGCAGUAUUUCGUGGACAUGAAGUUUUUCGCUACAAAGAUGAAGGAGGUGCGGGAACUUACCUGUGGAUUCGGGGCAUCCUGGUUUCGCUCUACAGGCGCUGCAUGA